UUUAUCGGCUCUUUUAAAUUCUGCAAGAAAAUCAAGAAAAUCACUCGCGAACAGUGAGCCAAAGCUGAAAUGCUGUUGUCUUCAUUCUGAGGAGUACUGGGACAAAUCAGUGUUUACGACUGUAAAUGCUUAUAUUAAAAACACAGUCGCUGAAGUAAGGCAGCACUCUAAAAUGAAAGAAAUGGCAGCAACAAAUGGCACUGAAGGAACUCUGAAAAUGAUUUCCAGCAAAACACAGGAGUCAAUAUUGGUGCUUCUCGAACGAGAUGCCGGCAGGAGACGGCUUACGCGGCUAACAACUCAGGUGGACAACCUUCAUGGAGUCUCCCACUUCAAAAACGAGACUUUCAAUUCUCUUCAGUAUGCUCAAGACUUUGGAACAAUUUCAAAGGAAUCUUUCAAGAGAACAACGAAGUGGGGUGCGAAGUACUUCACGCAUGAGAAGUCUUAUUAUCCGGUGCCUAAAUCCAGUGUGGAGUUACGGGAUGUAGAUUUGGUGAAACCUUGUCCAGCUGGUAAAGUUGAUCCCAACAUUGAGGCAGCCAUGAAGGGGACCUGUCAGGCAAAGGACGAUAAGAGGCGAAACAACAAAGGACAAAGUGGGAGCCCUGCCGCCAGCUGUAUAUUCCAGUGCGCCAUCGUGUACUAGAGUAACAUUCCAAGAGGAUGUUCAAGACAAUAAGACAAUCCAGGGACAGGCAAUGAAGAACGAGUCGACCAGGAUACAAAUAUUCCACGAGCUAUAGAUGAAGUACCGAGAAUCACCUUUGUUGACAAAAGCAUGCUCGGAGUUAUUGCAGUUGGUGACGUGACAGACCUCCCCGAGCAGGAAGAUGAAUUCGACACCGACUCGGAGAGCGAUGCGGACAAUGAUACAGACAUAACGUUCAGCAGAUUUGGUGGCGCCAUCCGCGCUCAUUUCCGCCUUGAUCUCUAGAAACAUCUGCGACUAUCAGGACAGUCAGGACUAUUCGGGUAUGGAAUAUAAUGAAAUGUUUUUGGCCAGGAUGGAGUGACAUGUCUGUCAUUUUUGUUGACCCUUAUAUAUUGUGAGUACUGUAGCCGAUCUUAUUGAUAAAAGAAAUAUUCUGUUAUUACAAUCAUUACUAGUCAAAUUUAAACACUCUUUUAUGUUAUCUUUACCUCUUUUUGUUUACAGUGCAGAUACCCUAAAUAUGACCAUCUCACAAAGCUAACCAAUCAUAUUGACGUAUUCAUACAACGGAUCACAAUCCGUAAAUUUGCUUAUUUAUACUGUUUAUUUCGAUGUUCUAUCCCAUUGGCUGUUUGAUUUGAAUAUCGUAAUCUGAUUUGUUACUGAUGUAUUCUCUCUAAGUGGUCACGGUUAGUGUAUCCUCGCUGUAAAAGUGCUUUAAGAAUAGAACUGUUAUGGGUUAUACAAGCCAAAUCUCCGGUAGUCUUCAAAUAUCGUCGGUCAUAAGUCUAAGAACAUCUUUGGCAGUCUCAGUGGACAUCUUCGGCGGUCUUUGGACAUUUAACCAGUGUUCGGACAUCUUCCCGCAGCCUUCGGACAUCUCCGGAAGUUUUCGCAUGUCUUCCUCACUCUUCGAAAGUCUUGAAAUAAUCCCGAAUUGUUGGAAAUUGGCCAAAAAAACCUCUUUGAUACAAUAGACAUAGGCCCAACAUAUUCCCCUUUUAGGGUGUGGUUUGUUUGUUUAUGGGCAAAAAAAUGUUGCAGUGAAUUUUUUAAUGUUAGUGUUAAAAAAUGGCUAAAAAUUAACUGUCUAAUGUUAUGUAGCCGAAAAAAAUAAGUGUUUAGUGGUAUCGAAGUACACCCAUUUAGACCCUCUUUUUUAGGGAGGGGGAGAGAGGAUAAAGACAGUGUAAGAUGAAAACGUAAGCAAAAAGUGUUUUUCUGAGCCGCGGUGUUGGGGAGUUCUCAUGAAGGGCAAAGUAAACUUGAGGGAAGCAAAAUCAGAGCGCUUAUGCCACUCUUCAAACCAAGAAAACUAAGAGAAAAUUUUGAAAUAAUCUGGGUUCGCCCAGACUUGCUGAGAAAAUACGGUCGUCAUGAUGCAUACGCCCAAAUUUUUCGAAAUGGAAGGGAUAAAAUCCUGUUUUGGGCAGUCUUAUUUUAGUGACAGAAACUGAAAAAUUCUUUGUCAAAAAAUUCUUUUAUAAUUUUAGUAUAUGCAUUACAUCCAUUGAGUGGAGAGCUCCGAUCAAAGAAAAUUGUAUUCGUCUGAACUAGAAAGCAAUACUUAAAGGAAUACAAAAGUUUUGCACGUUAUAUCAGUUGUCAGAAGAGAUUGAGCCAAGCAUGGUGACUUGUCUCUGAUCGGCAGGUGAAUGACAAUGAAAAACCGCAAUAUUUUGCAGAUGGCCAGAUCCCUAGUGUUUCAUCCUUUCGUUAGAAGCUAUUUUGUGUUUUCUAAUCAUUUUCAUUAAUCGCUCUUUCGCUUGGACGCAACCAUAUAUUAAGAAAAUACUCAUUUUUACACAACGAAGUUGGACGAAGUUAAGCAUGAGCAGGCCAUUUUUUUCGGACCUCUAAUUUUGCUCCGAAAGUUAGUAGCAGAUCAAAUGACGGGCUCUUGGCCUAGGAGAGGGGAGAAAAAAAGGUAUCGCACAAUGAUGUUAUAUAUUUCUAAACAGCCAAAUAAGAAACGACAACAAAUCAAAACAGAGACCCAACAAGCAAAACAAAACAGAGAGCAACUGAGUGAUUUAAACGGUGCACAAAAUGCUUCACAUGAUAAAAUAGUCUGUUGACAACAGUUUGUCUUUUUUGGAUUGGACAUGUGAUCAAAAAAAAGGUUAACCGUAAAACCAAAGGCAGAUCAAGCUGCAGUCGGCGAAAUUUUUAUUUUAGUACUGUGGUCUUUAAGUACAUACAGUGUGGUACUCUGUCAAGCAAUGAUUGACAGAUCACAGCACUACUACAUUAAGGCUAUAACUAGCCUUGCUCCUUAAAACUUGAUAUUAUCUAUUAAGAGUACGGAGAAGUACUAUGGAAAAUCUCUCUCACUUUCCCAGAACUUUCAAAAUCUCAAAAAAACCGCCCUCAAACGAAGAUCCAUGAUCUUUCGGAGAAUUGUUACCCUUACAUUUUUUUCUUUGAAGCAAAUUUUAUUUUACUCGCUAUCCUUUUGCAACAGAUAAUGUGACGUCUCUUUUUCGGUCUUUUUUUUUUGUACUCCCUCCUUGAUUUGUUUGAUCCUUCACACCCUUGUCCACCCUUAAAUCGCUUUUCAUUUGUCAAUCCUUUGAAACAAUCCAAGGAUAGCUCCGCUUAGAAACACAGCUAUCGAUGAUGUGAAAGUCGAAAUAUUGUACUGCCACAUCAUUCACCAGAAAUAUAAAUCAGAAAACGAAUUGCAAAAAUAAAAAUAUCAAAAUGAUAGCCACAUUGCUAAACAAUUUGUCUUUCAUUGACUUUCUCGAUUUUAGCGGUGUUUCUAUUUCCGCAGUGGUGCCAGAGUUGGUUACAGAAGUUAAAUUAUUGCAUUAUAUUUACGCGAAAGAGCGAUUCCUUAGUUUUAGGUGGAAAAAUGUUCGUUGGUCUGUUCAGAGCACUUAUCGGAGCACUUACUUUGCGACAAAUAUUAGAUAUAUGAUCAUUAAAUUUUAAAUUUUUAUCAAGAACAGCCCCCAGGAAAGAAGUGUUGGCUGUGGUUUAAAUGUUGACAUUAACGAAUUCAAAGUUCACUCUGUCUUCCGUUUUUCCGGGUACCAUAGCCUGGUAUUUUUCUGGGUUUGAUUUCAUGCCAAUGCGAGUAAACCAUGAAGGGGUGUUCACCAUUCAAGAGCCAAGGCAAAUGUACGAAAGAGAUCGCAACAGCUGUAAAACACGACAGUUGAUUACGAAAAACUUACUUGCUGGCUUUUCAGUGCAACUACGAAAUAAAAAAAAGAGUUUCAUUUUAAACUGCUUCAUCGACAAAUCGUGCAUAAUGACUUUCUUUACAAGACAGGAGUUAAACGGCCUGACUCUUGUUCCUUCUGAGGAAAAGUAGCAGAAAGCCUUACUUGUUAUUCUUGAAAUGGAAUUAUUCCAAGUCUCUUGGGGAAAAUAUUCUCAGUGGUUGAUGCAAAAUAUUUCCAACGUGGUGAAAUUUUCUGCCUCUGUAACUAUACUCCUCGUCUUAUCAUUACAUAAUAAUACUUAUCGCCAAGCACUAUAUUUAUACUUUUACAUUGGAAGA